GAAGAAGAAGAAGAAGAAGAAGAACAAGAACAGAGCACUUGCUGCUGUCAAUCGGAGUCUUUGAUCCAUUUAAGGACGUUUUUCCUUCAGGAUCCCGGGGAAAAGACCGAAUUUUAUUAUUUUAUUUGGUGCUUUAAACCCGCGUUUACAUAAAACCUCCACUAAAUUACACGUUAUUCAGGAUAUUCCAGCAAUAAAUAUAAUGGAUGUAUGGCGAGCAUCUGAUUAGUUUAUAAAGUUUAUUAACCCUAUCGAGAGAAAACCCUACCGCUUCAUCUGCUUCUUCAGAAGAUCUGACUCCGGUUUUACACUUGGAUUUAGUUACUUCAGAUUUACAGUGACCUGGGCAGUUUUUUCAAGGAGCUCUCUUCCACAAACACAAGGCCGAUUUCUGUUGCUCAAACCCUGUGAGGCACCAUGGCUAAAGUGCAGGUGCUAAACGUGGCUGUUCUGGAUAAUCCCAGUCCCUUUGGGAACCCGUUUCAAUUCGAAAUCACGUUUGAAUGUAUGGAGGAUUUGCCUGAAGAUCUGGAGUGGAAGAUCAUCUACGUGGGCUCAGCUGAGAGUGAGGAGUACGACCAGGUCCUGGACUCGGUUCUAGUCGGCCCAGUUCCUGCAGGAAGACACAUGUUUGUCUUUCAGGCGGACGCUCCAAACACAGGGCUGAUCCCUGAGAGCGAUGCGGUGGGCGUGACCGUCGUGCUGAUCACAUGCACAUAUCGUGGACAGGAAUUCAUUCGCAUCGGUUACUAUGUAAACAAUGAGUACACAGACCCUGAGCUACGGGAAAACCCACCGGUCAAACCCAACUACACACAGCUGCAAAGGAACAUCUUGGCGUCUAACCCCCGCGUGACCCGUUUCCACAUUAACUGGGAAGCGACUAUGGACAAGAUGGAGGAUUCGGAGAAUGUAGAUCCCGCCCCCAACGCCAUGCUCCCGCCCACCUCCAUGCCCGGCAAAGCCCCGCCCCUUGGACUCAUGCCUGACAACUCUAUGGACUGCUUAUAGAGCCUGAACACAACAACGACCUCAUGCAUAAAGUAAUAAAUGUGUUAUUUUGUAUUUAUACUCCUGAUGUUCUUACAGUUGAGAUCGGACACACACUGGUCUCAGUCCUCUAGCACUGCUCUGAUCACACACCUGAAGCGCUCGGGCAGUCGUGGGACUAUGUCUUGUGCUCCCUGUCCUGAACAACAGUAGCACCAGCAGACAUGGACUGUUUUCUUCUGGUUGUGGUGAGGUGAAUCCCAUAAAAACAUGUUCUGUUCACAUUUUCUUACAAAUUAUAUUUUCCAUAAAGACAAAGAAGCACUGCAGGACGAUUAGUAUGUUUGCGUUUUGACAUUGUUCACAAAUGUUUUCCCCCAAACUGUCAUUAAUCAAAAAACCUAAAAAC